AUUGGGUGGACUCUUUGAGGUUGCACCAUGUCCCCCAACCCAAACAGGGCAUCCACUUUUUAGGCCCGCAGCUCCCGCAUCCAUCCCACUUCCACUCGGACCUCUCUGUCGAAUGCUGUCAACAUCCAAAUUCAAGCCCGCCCUCUUCAUUGUGAUUAGAGCAAUUUUCCCUUCCUCCUGAAUCGUUUUUUUGUUCAUCAUAAGAAAAAAAGACUUUGCCCACCAUGGCUCGCAAGUUCUUCGUCGGCGGCAACUUCAAAAUGAACGGGACCAAGGAGUCCAUCAAGACAAUCGUAAAGGGUCUCAACGAGGCGCAAUUGGACUCCAAUGUUGAGGUCGUGAUCGCUCCUCCGGCCAUCUACCUACACCUCGCCCAGAGCGAGCUCAAGAAGCCCGGCAUCGAGGUGUCUGCGCAGAACGUCUACGACAAGCCCAACGGCGCCUACACGGGCGAGAUUAGCGUGUCGCAGCUCAAGGACAGCGGCGUCAACUGGACCAUCCUGGGCCAUUCGGAGCGCCGGACGCUGCUCGGCGAGACCGACGAGGUGGUGGCCUCCAAGACCAAGUUCGCUGUUGACGGCGGCGUCAGUGUCAUCUGGUGCUGCGGCGAGUCGCUCCAGGAGCGCGAGAGCGGUAACACGGUCGCCGUCGUCGAGCGCCAGCUGGCCGCCCUGGCCGCCAAGCUCUCGACCGACGACUGGAAGAAGGUCGUGAUUGCGUACGAGCCCAUCUGGGCCAUCGGCACCGGCAAGGUUGCCACCGUUGAGCAGGCCCAGGAGGUGCACGAGGCCAUCCGCAAAUGGCUCAAGGCCAACGUCAGCGACGCCGUCGCCGAGGAGACGAGAAUUCUGUACGGCGGCAGCGUCAACGGCAAGAACUGCAAGGACCUGGCCAAGGAGAAGGACAUUGACGGCUUCCUGGUCGGCGGUGCCAGCCUGAAGCCCGAGUUCGUCGACAUUAUCAACUCCAACCUCUGAGCGUCUCCGCCAAGGUAGAGAGCAAGAAGAAGAAGAAAAAAAAAGGAAAUGGAUAUCUGAGAAUGUGCCACAAGUAAGGAACGGCAAAAGUGACUGAACAUGGGACCACAUUGUCAGAAGUCUAAGUAGAGAUGAACCGAAAAUCUUAAUAAAAGACAAG